UCCACAUAAUCGCUGAUAGACCACGACCUAUCGCCUACAUUUACUUGUACUUACUCUAUUAGGAAGGCGACUACUACCACGUGCGGUAUCCCGGCUCUCUCACUGUUUAUGUACUUAGCGAUUAGGAGCGUUUACUACGUAGUAUUAUCUCGGUGAAUGCCGCGGUGCGGCGGUACCGCGGUGCCGUAUUUCCAGAGAAUAUUUAAAUUCCCGUCUCUUUUCCAAGCUGCUCGAUAUAUACUUUACCUGCUUUAUUGGCAAGUUGGCAGACAGGUAAAGGAAAAGAAAAGAAAAGAAAAGAGUCAAGAUGCGCCUCCUCAAUCUCCUGGGUCUCCUGCCGCUCAUCGACGGUUCUCUAGCCUGCUCCGGCUGCUUUGGCCCUGUAGAUCAUGUCGAACAUGUUCGACACGUUAAGCGCAUGCAGCCAGAUGCGAUUAACGCUACCUAUGGACCUACGAGAGCUUUGGAGUGGGGCCAAUUGAAUUUCCUGCAUACGACCGACACCCACGGAUGGCUGGAAGGUCAUCUGAAGCAAGGAAACUAUGGCGCGGACUGGGGCGACUUUGUCUCUUUCUCUACUCACUUCAAGCAUCAGGCCAGCCGUAUGGGGGUCGACAUGCUUCUGGUAGACACCGGCGACCUGCACGACGGGGCAGGCCUAAGCGACGCCACAACACCGGACGGUGCUAUUUCGAUGACAGUCUUCGACAAGGUCGAUUAUGACUUGCUCACCAUCGGCAAUCACGAAUUAUACCUUGCCACCGUGGCCUACCAGGCCAUGUAUAAUAUCUCGACCUACUGGGGUGAGAAGUAUCUGACAUCCAACGUUCAAAUCCUCAACCCGGAGACGAACGAGUGGCAGUAUAUCGGCAAGACGCACCGGUAUUUUACUACUCAGCACGGCCUUAGAGUCAUGGCCUUUGGCGUGCUAUUUGAUUUCACCGGCAACACGAAUGUCAGCAAGGUCAUUCCCGCGAAGACCAUGGUCACCCAACAAUGGUUCUUGGAUAUUCUUCAUUCCCCGGAACCCGUGGACGUCUUCAUCAUUCUGGGCCACAACCCUGCGCGCCCGACUGAUUCGAUCAGCACGUUUCCCGUUGUCUUUGACGCCAUUCGCGCAGUGCAUCCCAAUACCCCUAUCCAAUUUAUGGGAGGCCACACUCACAUCAGAGACUUUGCUGUUCUGGACUCUAGCAGUACAGCGAUGGAGUCGGGCCGGUAUUGCGAAACUCUCGGUUGGCUCUCGAUGUCUGGAUUUAACAGUAAUAAUAGCGGCUACCACGGCGUCGUUCCCGGACCGGCCGGCGUCCCUAACCCAACCCGUAAAGCCACUCAGAAUUCCACUUCUCCUUUCGUGUACUCACGGCGCUAUCUCGACUGGAACCGUCGAACGUUCGAGUACCACGCCGCGACUCGUUACGACAAGAAAUUCGACUAUAGUAAUGGUCUGGCCGUUACGGCCGAGAUUACGAAGUACAGAAAGCAACUGAACCUUACCGACGUAUACGGUUGCGCACCUCAGGACUAUUGUCUGACAUGUGUGAGCUUUGAUAGUACCGGGAAUAUCUUCCCCCUGCUAUCAGAAGCGCUGUCCGAGGCUGUUGUGAACGAAUCACGUCAAGAUAUACCACGCUACAUCAUCGCCAACACAGGAAGCGUCCGAUUUGACUUGUAUAAGGGACCCUUCACUUAUGAUGACCAAUUCAUCGUCUCGCCGUUCCUCGAUCACUUCUUAUAUAUCCCAGAAAUACCCUAUAGCGUAGCUAGCACUUUGCUUCAGUCACUUAAUAAGGCGGGUGCCAGCCAGAAGCGCAGCCUUGGCGUCAUGCCCAUCGAACGUGAUAUCUGCGUCGACCCGUCUCCCGUUCACCUUUCCGGAAUUAAACGCGAAGAGCACGGUGAGCACCCCAGUAUCACGAGACGUCAGGUAGUCGACCUAGUUCCAGGCUACACGACCAAGGACGAUUUUGGGACGGAUGGCGAUGACACUGCGCAUACUGGGAUCCCGUAUUAUGAUAUUCCCGAUUUCUUCCAGGGCACGGCCGGGUUUAACGAGAGUACCACCCCGGAUGUUGUUGAUGUGGUGUUUGUCGACUUCAUCGAGAGCGACCUUCUUGCCAUCCUCGGCUCCAACUAUAGCUCGAGUGAUGUUUCUUACUAUAUCGACGAAAACUUCACGACGCGAGAUUACUUGCCUAUAUAUGUCAGAAAUUCUCAGACCUUCCAGGCAGGGUUGUCUAACUGCACCUCCGCAUAGAGUAUCGGAGAAUUAGCUUAUAUCAGCUUACAUAUAUCCAAUCUUAUGAUGAAAUAACUCCUCCCUCUG